AUGAACAGUCAUUUCAGAAGCUUCUGUGCCAAAUUUAUUGCAAGACAGUAAAAAAUUUUCUCUUUGAAUGACGACUAUGUUUUUAGCCUGUUAUUUUUUGGCUAUUUUUUCUUAUUUAAUUUGAACAUUUUUUGAUCCAUUUGCUUUUGGAAAUGAUUUUAUAUUGACUAUUUAGAGGUGAUUUUCAAUCAAUUUUAGUCUAUUGUUUUUGACAGAAGUUAUAUUAUAUAUUUUUUAGAAUUAAAAAAAAAAAGGAAAAAUUAAUAGGCCAAAAAAAAAAGUAGGUCAACAAAAAAUAGGCAAAAAAAAAGUCACUAUAAAAUAGGCGUCGUGUGAAAUCACCGUAAAAAAUAGCUAGAUUUCGCACAACGACGAGCAUUAAGCAAAUGACUUAUAGGUCUGUGAGACUUUAGUAAAAUAUAAGCAGCACUGAACAUAAUAAAGUAGUUCUUAUGAGAGCUUGCCAUCCUUUAUACUAUCUCUCAUUAUCAAAAGUUUUAACGCUUAAUAGUGACGAAGGAUCAGAAACAUCGAAAAGCGGUAUAAAUCAUAUAGACUUAGAAGACGAUGAAAUGUAA